UUGAAUAUUUUGUUGUGGGGAGCGGUAACAUGGAGACUUGCGUAACUCUGCAGGGGCUCGUAGCCACCGCCGCUUCGGAUCAUUCCGAGCGGGUAGCGGUGACUUUUGACGGCGGGUCCUCGUCGGACGGUCCGGUGUCAUUGCUCUACAAGGACCUAGCGGAGCUUUCCAGCGAACUCUGCCGCCUUCUGCAACAACACUGUGGGCAUAACAACGGCGUAAUUGGACUCUACUGUAGCGAUGAUCUCUUUAUACCGGUGUGGAUCAUUGGGAUCCUGCAGACACCCGCUGCCUAUGUGCCGCUUGAUCCAGGAGCUCCAGGACUUGUCUCCUCUCGGGUCAUGAGCAAGUGUCACCUCAGAUUCUGUGCUGUGAAGAGCGACCUCCUGAAGAGAUUCCAGGCAGCCUUCACCCAGCACAUGAGCGUAGAAAUACACGCGGUGUGGCCGAAGUUCAAACUCACUGUGGUUCGGGUGCAGCCACCAAUGGACGCCGUGCAAGAAACAACUGAACCGCCGUCAUCCCUCCCCGAAGCAGUUGGAGGUGGUUUGGCGUACGUGUUGCACACAUCUGGAACGACGGGCUUGCCCAAGAUUGUGCGGGUGCCACACAACUGCAUAAUUCCCAACAUUUUACACCUGAGACGUUUGUUUUCGGUGAGCUGUGUCGACGUGGUCUUCCUGGCGUCGCCGCUGACCUUUGACCCGUCAGUGGUCGACAUUUUCCUGGCCUUGUCAUCCGGGGCUCGGCUCCUCGUCGUUCCGGCCGUGCUCAAGAAAAUUCCCAAGCGGCUUUGCCGGCUUCUCUUCCGCCGUCACGAGACGACGCUCAUGCAGGUCACACCCACCCUGCUGUGUCGUUUCGGUCCGCGACUCCUCCGACAGGAGGCGCUGUCUCGCGGCUCGCCGCUGCGCGUGCUGGCCCUGGGCGGCGAGGCAUGCCCGUCGAUAUCGGCGCUGAACUCCUGGCGUCACAAAGACAAUACCACGGCAGUGUUCAAUGUGUACGGCAUCACCGAGGUGUCUUGCUGGGCCACCUGCUACGAAAUCCCGCUGCUCCGGCGGCCCGAGGACUCGGCUUCCUCCGCCGUGCCUCUUGGGAGCCCUUUGAUGGGCACCAGGGUGGAGGUGAGGGGCCAAGAUGGCGGCGUGGUGACAGAAGGCGAAGGAGAGGUCUUCAUAGGCGGUGACCAGCGGGUCUGCCUCCUGGACCACGAGGACUCGGCAGUGCCCGGGACGAUGAGGGCCACGGGAGACUGGGUGGAUGUGAGAGGGGGACACAUGUACUACCGCGGACGAAAGGACAGAAGCAUCAAGCGCCACGGCAAACGCGUCAACCUGGACCACCUGCAACAACUGCUGUCGAGUCUACCUGAGGUGGAGUCCUGCGCCGCGUGUCUGCACGAAAGCGGCCGACUGCUCGCCUUCGUCGUCAGCACCGCCCUCGAGGGUUCCCAGGAAGACGGGUCCCCGUCCUCCGAGGACCUGAGCAGGGACCUCCUCAAUCAGCUGACCCCGUUGCUCCCCUCCUAUGCUAUUCCUGACACGCUGGUGUGCGUCCAGGCCUUACCUCUGACCCCUCACGGUGAGUAUCGACCAAAAAUUGAUUUAUUAAGCUUGGCUGGAAUGUUCCAUAGCCUCUUGUGUGCAGGAAAAACAGAUAUGCGAGCAUUGGUGAAAAUAUACGAGAGGCAACGCUUGGAUGUCAGUCAGUCCCAUAAAGAUGUCGCCGAACUCAAGAAAACUCUGCAAACCUUAUGGCAGACCGCCCUCGGUCUCGACGGGAACGCCGCUUUGGACGAGGGCUCCCGUUUCCUAUUUGGCGGCGGAGACUCCCUAAAGGCGCUUCGACUCUGCGAGGACGUUCUGGCUUCCACCGGAGUGAGCUCGCCUCAGCUUUUGGAGGCGAUCCUCGACGGGACCUUUGCUGACGUCCUGCGUCUCCUCCUUGCUCCGGGGAAAAGAGAGCGUGUCGAGGCGGAAGCACCUUCUGGGGAUGGUGAAGCGAGGCGGCCUGUAAAGGUCUUGAAACGAGAGGGUGAGGUGACAGAGAGGGAAGACCUCAGCGAGCACUGGUCUUCGGACACGGGAAGAUGCGUGGACGCCUCCCCGGUGCUUCUGGUCCGGGAAGACGGCAACGGAACCAGCGUGUUCAUCGGCUCGCACUCGCACAGGCUGCAGGCUCUGGACCUGGACAGCGGACGCCUGCUGUGGGAGCGAGUCCUCGGGGGACGAAUCGAGGCGUCGGCCGCCGUGUCCCCGUGUGGACGCUACGUGGUCGUAGGUUGCUACGACGCCGGCGUGUACGUGCUGAGCACCGACUCCGGGGAGACGUGUUGGGUCUUUGAGACGGGCGACGCCGUGAAGAGCCGACCUGCCGUGGACACCGUCUCGGGCCGGAUGAUGGUGGGCUCGCACGAUGGCUUUGUGUACGCCUUAGACCUCCAGGCUCAGCGUUGCAUUUGGAGGCAUCACUGCGAGGGCGGGGCCGUCUUCUCCUCGCCGUAUCUGGACGUCACCCGCCGCCAACUGUACGUGGCCACGCUAGGUGGCAAGCUGCUGUGUUUACACCCAGACAACGGCGACGUCCUGUGGUCGCACAACAGGAAGGUCCCCUUCUUCUCGUCGCCAAAGUGUGGCGGCGCCGGCGGCCGUGUGGCGAUCGGCUCAGUGGACGGAAACAUCCUCUGCUUCAGCUACAAUGGCACAUUGAUUUGGCAGUUCCGGACAGACGCCGCCGUCUUCUCGUCACCGUGCGUCACCUCCGACCUCAAGAGGCUCCUUUGCGGCUCACACGACAGCUGCCUCUACUGCUUGAACACCGCCGACGGCUCCUUGCUUUGGACUUUCCGGACGGAGAGUAAAGUUUUCGCCAGCCCCUGCGUCUUUGACGGUGGGAAGCGAGGGGAGCUGGUGGGCGUGGCCUCCACCGACGGUACCGUCUACAUCCUGGACGCUCGGGACGGACGCGCGCUGUGCUCGCGGACGCUUCCCGGGGAACUUUUCUCCUCCCCGGUGGUGCGCGGACGUUCCCUGGUGGUCGGGUGUCGAAAUGAUUACGUGUAUUGUUUACAAAUAAACAUUUAGCCACAACUCAUGUGCUAUGUUUUGAAAUAAAUGGGGGAUU